AUGUACAAUGAAAUAGAGGGUAACUAUGGCGACGUCACCAUCAGCACUUUCAAGAGCGGCCUCCCAACUAGGCAUGGUUUAAGAAAGUCCUUAACAGGAAAGCCUGUCACUAGCCUGCACCAACUCAUAGACCGGAUCGACAAGUAUAAAAGGGAUAAAGAAGACCAGCAGUUGGGAAAAGGUAAAGCGAAGGUUUUCCCCCAAGAGAUGAGGGACUUCAAGUCAGACCGAUUUAACAACAACAAUCGACUGAGGAGAGACUUUGCAGGACAACCCGGAUCUAUCGAAAUUAAUGUUGUGUUCCGAGAUCCAGUACAUCAGGUUCUGGAGAAGAUCAAGAACGAGUCAUUCUUCAAAUGGCCAAAUAAGAUGGCAAGAGACCCCAUGAAGCGCAACCAAAACGUGUAUUGCCAAUACCACCAAGAACUAGGGCACACCACCGAGGACUGUAGGAACUUGAGGAACCACUUGGACCAGCUGGUCCAAGAGGGAAAGUUAAGGCACCUCCUACAUCAUUCCAGUGGUCAACAAGGACAAGCGAAUCCUGAGUCCUAG